GGUGGAGGGUCCUGAGGCCCGGCUUUGCCCUGGGGACUCUCCCUGCCUGCCUCCCUUUUGUGGGAGGUUAUUAACUUUCGUGCAAUGGAUGUGGGAGUGGCCGUGGCCAAAGAAAGAGACACUGCUAAAUAGAUAUCCUGAAUCAAGACAGGAUGUCAUCAUCUGUGCAUGUGCAGAAUAACAAUAUUCUUCUGUCAUAGUUGUAUGUUCAACAAAAGCUGUCUUUUCCUGAUGUUGCUGAGUUUUCAGCAUACAUGGAGGAGGACCCUAGAAAGCAGAACUGGAGUUCGUGUAUGAAAGUUAUGGAUAAACAUCAGACUGAACUGAACAAACUGUCACCCCAACUUAAAAGCAGAUCACAGAAAAACUUCCUACAACAAAACCUGUGUGAAAGUGAAAUGAGACGGUUGAAAGAAGAUGCCCUUAAUGAAAAUGUCACGUUCCAGGAAAAACUUCUUGAAGCACAGAUGGCAGUCAAUUCAACAGAAAUGUUUUUGCCUUUGUUUAAAGUCACUAUUGCUGCGAUGACAAAUGUGUGUAACCUUCCUACAUCAGAUAUAAUUAAGAUUUCUAAACAAGAGGAUUUACUGAUAAAGGAAUUAGAGACUCUAAAGCAUGUAAAAGAGUUGUUACUGCAUCUGCUUAGAACAACGGAGCAUAAAGAAAUAAGUAGUAAACAUAUCGAUGUUUUGAUGCACAAGUUAACUGAAAGUGAAAAUGAAAAUGAUGGUCUCAGAAAAGAAAUGCUUAUAACAGAGAGGCGUAUUGUAGAGCUUUCUUCUCGGCUUCAACUGGAAAAAGCAAAUGCUCUAAAAGCAGACCACCUAUCAAAGUCAGUAGGAGCUGUACAUUCCCACCUGCAAUGCCAGAUUCAAAAAAAGGAGGCUGAGAAUGAUCAGUUGAAAGCAAAAAUACAGACUCUGGAAAAGAAAAUUAUUGAGUGGAAGCUUCAAAUUGGUGAAAACAAACACCAAAUUUUAGCUGUUAAGGAAACAAAUGAGCAAAGGAAGAAAGCUUUGAAAAAAGCAACCAGAGCUCAGAAACAAAGAGCUGAACAUUUUGAAGCAUCUGUUGAAAAUUUAACUUCCAAAAUUAGAAAGAGGGAAGUCAAAUUGUCUGAGGUACUUUCAGCUUCCAGUGUCUGGAAAAAUCAUUAUGAGAAGGCUGUAGAAGAAAAGACUAGGUUAGAGGUUCAAACUGAAACUCUGAAGGAGCAGAUCACAAAGCUUUUGGAGGACCUGAAAAAAAUACAAGAUCAUGGAAGAAAUUCAAAUGAAGAAAUCUGUGGAAAGCUUACUUCUAUCAGUUCAGAAAAGGCAAAUAUUCAUCUUGAAAAUGCAAAAUUAAAGGCUUUACUUACUGCUUUGGAAGACAACACUGUUGCAACUGAAGCUGAACUCUUAGACCUACAAGAAGAAGUAAAGCAGCAGGAAAACCUUGCUGAGCAGUAUAAAACUGAGGUACAAAAAUUACAAACAGAAGCAGAAGAACUGAAAACCAGAUAUGAAAAAGUGUUAAAUGAGAACAAAUUAAUAACAGAAGCCAAAGAUUUAGAGAUCAGUGAGGUGAGAAGUCAGAUGCAGGCUCACUUGAAGGAGUUAGAGCAUGUUCGUGACUUACAGAAAGCAGCUGAAGAGAGACUGCAGGAGUAUCAGGAAAACAUGUUGUCCUAUAGAAGGAGCUAUGCAGACAAAUCCAAAACCAUUAGGGAGCUACAGGUUCAGAUUGACAACAACAACAGGUUCUUAAGAAAAAAUUCGUUGGAAGAUGAAAAGUAUAACAUUGAGAAGAAAUAUGAAUAUCUUAAAAGACAGUUAGAAAAGAUGGAUGUACAAAAUCAAGAACUUGCACAUCAAUUGGCAAACCAAGAGGAAAGUCUUCAGCACACUGAAUUGCAACUUAAAGAGAAAUUAGCAGAAUAUGAUGCUUUAGCCAGACAAUUGGAGGCUGCUUUGGAAGAAGGCAGAAAAAAGGAGUCUGAAGAGGUGGAAAAAAUGUCAUCCAAAGAGAGAGCUCUUCAGACAAAAAUAUUGGCUCUUGAAACUGAAUUAAGAGAGAGACGAGAAGAGCGAAAGCGACUUGUCUCCAAAUUAAAUAAUAGUGAGAAACAACAGCAAGUAUGUUUGAAAGAAUUAGAGCACAAUCUACAAAAAUCAGAAAACCAGACCCACAGUAUCCAGAAUUAUGUACAAUUUUUGAAAAACUCUUAUGUAACAAUGUUUGGCUGAUUUCUUUUAUUUAGAAUACUUCAAAUAAUAAGGGUAGAGUCUUAUGAAAUGCUGAGUGUCCUUAACAUUCAGAGAAGUCAGUCGAAGUUGAACACACUUUACUGGAUUGGAUCCUACGUUGUUAGGGCCUGCUAGGGAAUCUCUUGUUCCAAGUUUCUCAGAAUUGAGUCUUACCUUGAUGUAUAUGUACUGAUCGUGUUCUGAAUGUUUACAUGGCAGAACUAAUCUGAACAACAGUGAAAGGAAAAACUGCACAUCUCCUCAAUGAAAGAUGUGUUACUAUUAUUCACUGUACUUAUGUUGCUGUAGAGAUCCUAGCUAGGUUAAAUUUGCGCUUCAGCUACCAUGAUAGUAAUAGAAAUACUGUUCUUAAUAUUUUGUAAAUAUGUAAUACAUAACUGAAAGAAAGUCCAUGAAAAUUACUAUAUGAAAACUAAGUGUGGUGACAUGCUUCCCGAGAAUGGCCCCAGUUCAACAAAGUAUUUAAGAAUAUCACUCAUUUUAAGCAAAUGUGUAGUUCAUUUUAAGUCAGUGGGGUUGCUUAUGUCUAAAACAAGCCACAUGCCUAAGUACCUAGCUGAACUGGGCCCAGUUGGUUUUCUAUAACAAAAUAAACUGGGCCUAGUUGAUUUUCUAUAGCAAUACUUACCGAAGUGUAAUAUGAUUUUUAAAGGAUAACAGGUUCAGAUAACAUAUUAAAAUCUCAAUAUAUGAAUUGUAAACAUUAAAUAUUCUAUAAAUGUUCUCUUUAUAGAUACAAAAUACAAUUGAAGUUACUUAUUUUGUUUUAUAAGCAUGUUAUAACUAUUCUUUUGCCAAUUUAUAAAACUACUAGCAAUUAAACAUUGAUUGGUGCAUCACUGUUUUCUUUUUUCUUUGCUAUUAGGCAUCCGUGCCAACAAGCUAAUGGUAUAUACGGUAUUAUGCUGCUCAUGUACAUGCUACACUUUACUUAAAUUUCCUUAUAUAUAUUUCAUUAUUGUGUCACAAGCACAGUACUUUCCAUUACACUUUUUUGGUUGCCUGCAUUAAAAAACUAACAUUAAAUUUUAUUUUGAUUAAGUUUAACAUUUUCCCUUACCACUUCAGAAUUUACCUGUUUAGUGAUACUGAACAAUAAUGAAUGAAGAAACAUCAAGAUAUGAGCGGUAAAACCAUCAAUCCAGUGUAAGAUUUACUUUUAAAUCUAGGACAGACCAAUCAAAUACCAUAAAAGUUACUUGAGUAUGUGUAAGCUUAUUAAUUGAUAAAUUAUUUAAAGAAAUUCCAAUAAAUUGCUUUUAAUCUAUCCUCUGCUAUCCAGGAAAUUAGAAAAACCUGAAUCUUUUGUCUUUACUGUAAUGCAAUAAUCUUUCAGAAAUAGGGCUUGAAUUGGUUUGGACAUUGCCUAACCUAUCAGUUAGGUAUCAUUCUGAGUUCUCAACUAAAAUGCCAUGGUCUGCCAGAGAGCUCAGCAACCUUUAGAUCAGCCACAGAAUCGAAUUUGUAAUAGUUUUAUUAGUGCAAUCAGUAAUACCACAAAUUGCAACAUAGCAAAGAAAACAGAAAUGACACAAAGCACUUGCAUGCUCUCAUCAUCUUUUCCAGGGAGAUCCUAUGGAGGUAAAAUGUCAUCCAAGGCAUGGCAGGUUCCACGUAAUCUCCUUGUGGUACACUAGCCAAGUAUCAGCUUCUGUUGUGAGUUGUGCUAAUACCUGCUGUACAUCACGCAAAAGGAGUGGAAGCUUCAGCCUGUUCUUUGACCAUACUUCCUAGUUAUGCUCUCAUCUCAUGGGUAACUAGGCCUUCUACGUCAAGCAUAUUAAUAUAUAACAUCACCUGAUCUCCAUAGCAUUCUUGCAGUUGAACAUGUGCCAAUAUUUUUAUUUUAAAAUAUCCAGAAACAAUAUAAACUGGUAUGCUGCAGUUACCUGGCAGCAGUUUGGCUAAGCUUGCUUGUUACAGCACUCUAUCUUGUGACAGGGUUGUGACAUUUUAUCAUAUAGGUUCAUAUACUGGUAAGUUGCUGAUGUCAAGUCUUUAGCUCUUAGAUUUUAGUUAAUUUUGCUAAGAUAACAUCCUAUAGGCUUGAGAUUUCUAGGUUUUUGCAUUAUUCCCUUAAUCCCUACCUAUACAUUACCUUCCAUAACUGGCUACAUGCAUUAGUGGAAUUGGUGACACAGUUUCAGAGCAAGUUUGUUUGAUUCAAAUAUCACCUGAAUAGAAUACAUCUCAGUUGGGUCAGGCUGACUGACAGUAAUCCACUGCUCAGAAAACACUAAGCCACUGAGAUAUCGGGUUGAAGUUGCUAGUUUGGUAGUUAAAAAAAUAUUUUUGUAAACUGAGAAAAAAAUUGUAGAAAUCAUUAACACCCUUUUCUUGCAAAUGCUUAUGCGUGCACUUAACUUUAUGCCAGUUGAAGCUAAUGGAAUUACUCAUACGCUGCAUCCAUUGUUUAAUUUUUCAUGUGCAUCAAGUUAAGCUUGUGCAAGACUGAGUCUGUGGACCAUGUGUUUUUGUAUAAAGUAAAUUCUGUGAAAGUAUUUACAGGAUUGAAGUGUAAGAGACAGCGGCUAUUCAUCCUUUUUACCCACACAUUUGGAUGCUUCUACUGUAGGUAGUUGCUGCUGGAAAACACCGAGGUUCAUUUGAGGCUAUUAAAUUACCAAUUGAUUCUCUGACUGUGCCUAAGUAUUAUUUACUUGGAAGCCAGAAUGAAUUAAUGCUAAUCAAAUAAAAUAAUAUUUUAUACACACACCAGGAGAAAUAUUAGAGAAAUAAUAGGCCCAUUAAUACAUUAUGGGAGAUCAGAGUCCAAUAUCGACUAGCAAAAGUACUGAAUUCUUUGUUUAAAUCUCUGUUCAACUACUGAAAAAAUAAAUUAAGUUUAUAUAUUCAGAAAUAAGAAAGGCAUUGUAAAAAUAACUUCGCAAGGAACUGGGAACAAGAAGAGAACACUUGGAAAAUUUGAACACAUAAAAGUCAACUGGCAUGUAUGCAAGUCAUGCCUCAUAGAUCAGAGGUUCUUAAAUUGUGGUCUGUGGAGGAUUUUGUGUUUUGCAGAGAGCUGGUUGAUGACAUGGUACUACAUCCCUCCCCCUUAUUUCCAGUUGUUACAUGGUAUUAAAAGAAAGUUGCAAAUAUGUUGCCUCAGAUAUUACAGGAUUGUGAACUGGAGGGCUGCAGACAAUCUCCGUAUUUACUACACAAAGGAACAAAAUAUAUUCAACUAACUAGCUUACCUGUCAAAAAAGUACUCAUCCUGGGCAAGUGAGUAACUUUUUGCAUGGUUGAACUAAUAAUCUGGAUAAACAGAUAUUCAGUAGAAGAAAUUGUGUGGUGAUAGCGACAGCACAUUAGACAUCAUGUUUGUAGUAUCAAAUGAGAGCAACAAAGACCAAAGCAGUUUUAGGCAUUGGAACAACAGCCCAGGAAAUUAAGUCUAUAUGAUUCCGAAGUAGUGCGCACAGGAUAUAAUGAUCAAUUAUGCACGUUUUAUGUACAGGAAAAUAUGGACACAUGGAGAGUAUACAGAGAUGUUUGGGGUGUAUAUGGUAUAUUG